AGUGACCAUGGGAAAGAGAGCUUGCGGGUUCGUGAUUUUUCGAAGGUUAUCGCAGAACGUGGAGUAUUUACUGAUGCGAGCCAAUUAUGGUGAUCAACAUUGGUCUCCGCCAAAGGGUCACGUCGAUAAGGGAGAAUCGGAUAUGCAAACGGCGUUACGGGAAACCGAAGAAGAAGCCGGAUUUGUUAAAGAAGAUUUGAAAAUAUACGAAGAUGCCAAAAAAGAGCUGAACUAUUUAGUUAAAAACAAACCAAAAACUGUGAUUUAUUGGUUGGCGGAAUUGAUAAACAAUUCGAAGGAAGUUGUUAUGUCCAAAGAACAUCAGGAUUUUAAGUGGCUUCCUCUGAAAGAAGCCUGUGAAACGGCAGUGUACGAAGAUUUACAAGAGACACUACGUUUUUUCGACAGUUAUAUUUCUGACAAUAUACAAAAAUGAUUAUCUGUGAUUAGUUGUUUUUUUACGUUAUGAAGCUUGUCGUGUAGUUUUUAAUACAAACCCAAUAUGAAUUCU